AUGGCUACGGCCCAAACAGAUUCGGAGCUGAAAAAAUAUUUUCUACAAAAAUCCAUUGAAUGUAGCAACGAGAAUCCUGUAAAUGUUGACGAAAUUGAUAUGCUAAAAAAACACACUGUACCAAAAAGCAAGAACGCUAAAUGCCUUUUAGCGUGCAUUUUCAGAAAAACAACUUGGAUGGACGAAAAAGGAAUGUUCGUGAUGGAAAAUGCGAUUAAAGUAACAAAAGAAAAACACCCCAAAGACUGGACAGAAAUGGAAAAUUCCAAGAAAUUGUUCGAACUGUGCAAAAAAGGUUCAUUGAGAUCUUCAUAUUAUUAA